GCAGUUAAAGAGUGAUGGCAAGUUAUUCUUUGUUUAUCUCUCUAGUUUUAUUUUGCCUUAACAACUUGAUCUCUUUAUCAAAGGCCCAUAAUAAUGGGUUUAGUGUGGAAAUCAUCCACCGUGACUCAAUAAGCUCACCACUAUAUCGUGCCACAGAAACUGAAUUUGAGCGAGUUGUAAAUGCGGUGCGUCGUUCCAUCAAUCGUGCCAAUCAUUUGGGACAAUCUUUAGUCUCUCCAAACACAGCUGAGGCAACUGUGGAAGGAUAUGAAGGGGAGUUCUUGAUGAGCUAUUCAGUUGGAACCCCACCAUUCCAACUCUAUGGUAUUGUUGAUACGGGUAGUGACAUUAUUUGGCUACAAUGCGAACCUUGUGAAGAAUGCUACAACCAAACAACACCUAUAUUUGAUCCUUCAAAAUCCAAAACCUACAAAACCCUCCCUUGCACUUCUACUACAUGUAAAUCUGCGCGCAGAUUUUCUUGCAGUGGCGAAAAAUGUCAAUAUAGUAUUAAUUAUGGGGAUGGCUCUCACUCACAAGGAGAUCUUAGUGUGGAAACCCUCACUUUAGGGUCCACUAGUGGAUCUUCUGUCCAAUUUCCUAAAACAUUGUUAGGAUGUGGACACAGCAAUACCGGGACCUUUCAUGGGAAAGCCUCUGGCAUAGUUGGCCUAGGAGGAGGACCUAUGUCCCUUAUAACUCAAUUGGGUUCUUCAAUAGCUGGAAAGUUUUCUUACUGUUUAGCACCACUAUUCACAGAAUCUAAGUCAUCUAGCAAACUCAAUUUUGGAGAUGCUGCUGUGGUUUCUGGGGCUGGAACUGUCUCAACCCCAAUACUCCCACAAGAAGGAAAGAUAUUUUACUUCCUAAACUUAGAAGCAUUCAGUGUUGGAAACAAAAGAAUAGAGUUUGGAAGCUCUAACUCUUCUAAUGAAGAAGGAAAUAUCAUAAUUGACUCAGGUACAACACUCACUCUUUUGCCAGAUGAUGUUUACUCAAAUUUGGAAUCAGCAGUAGCAGAUGCAGUUAAAUUAGAGCGUGUCGAGGAUCCAAGUAACCUAUUAAGUCUUUGCUUCCAAUCUACAUCUAAUGAACUAGAUGUGCCUAUUAUCACAGCACAUUUUAGCGGGGCAGAUGUUAAGUUGAAUCCUAUUAACACCUUUGUUGAAGUGGCUGACGGGAUAGUAUGUUUGGCUUUCCGUUCAAGUGACACUCUUGCCAUCUUUGGGAACUUGGCACAACAAAACCUCUUGGUUGGCUAUGACCUCAAAAAGAAUAUACUCUCCUUUGAACCCACAGAUUGUUCCAAGAAGUGAUUACUUUUUGUUUAAUUUACUUGAUCCUAUAUCAAAUAAUUAGACUAAGAACCUAUGGUAUGACAUGCAAAUUUCAUUAAAACCGCUAAGUUGGCCUAGUGGUGCGGUUUGGAUUGUAAGCAUGAGGUCCUAGGUAUGAACCUUAGUGC